AUGGCACUGGCGCUAUUUGUUUUGCUGUAUGUGUAUGACCAUGGCGAGCGGUUCGAGCACCAUGGGUUCUACAAUCUACUGGUGUUUUUGCUGAUUUACGUGCCACUGAAUCUGGUCAUCGUCAGCCUCUAUGUGCUGUACACAACAGUGCCGCAUUUCCUGGCGAUAUUGUUCUUGGCGGUUCUUGGGUUGGCGUGCGGCGUCACAGUGGCGCUGCGGCACUACAUUACGGUAUUUGACCAAGGGAUGUUUGACAGAAUGCGCGCAGUUCCUGGCGAGUGCCAGUGGCAAGGAAACAACUACCCGCUGGUCGAUCUGCUGCCGGCAGGCACGCAGAACUUCUGGGCUGGCAGCAUGAUGUGCAAGCCAGAGGAUUUGAAAUUCGAGGCGAGUAUCGAUGGCGAAGGUCUGCUUAGCGUCAAUUGCUCGCAGAGCUCCGUGUACGUCGAUAUCCUGCCGGAGACCAGAGAGUGGCCGCUCAAGGACAAGUCCAAAUGGCAGGUGUUCAAUCACCGGGUGCUGGACCGCACAACACAUGUUCCGUACACAAAGCCAAUGCAGCUCAAUCCGGGCACGCAGGCCGUGGUGGUGCGGUGCGGUACAGGUAGCAAGAUCGUAACAAGGGUUAGCCCGCGGCCCUCGGAGCUGCCGAAAUUCACGCCGCCCGCCGAUACGCGCAGCCCGACCGAGCAUUUGGAGGACCACCCGGGCGCGCCUCAGAAGCGGCCAAACGUGAUGUUCCUGUUUGUUGACGCUGUCUCGCAUAGACAGUUCUACCGGCGACUGCAGAAAACCGCAAAGGUGCUUGCCACCCUGCACGAGCCGGGCAAGACCGAACUGACCGAGCUCUUCCGGUACCACUCACUGGGUGUCAGCACCGACAACAGUACCAAGGCCAUGUACAUGGGCGAGAUAUUCCCUGGGCGCAACUCUCUGCCGAUCUGGGCGUAUUUCCGUGACCGCGGGUAUGUUACUGCUCGCGUGGAGACGUCGUGCGAGGACUGGGCCACAACAUAUAUUGCGGAUAUGUUCGAUUCACUGGAUUUUUCGGUCGGCGGACGCAGUCUGGACUAUGAAAUGUCGUCACCGUUCUGCAUGCCAGAGUUUUACCCGAGCUCGGGCAACUCGUUUGGUAACUUCAAGGGCCCGUUCUCGAUCACAGCAAGGUGUUUGUACGGGCGGCAUGUGCAUGAGUACGGAUUCGACUAUGUCAAUCAGUUCAGGAAGGAGAUGCGGGAGGCGAACGAAACCAGGCCGUACCUGAUGAUGCUCAAUCUGAUGGAGGGACACGAGGGCACGGGCGAAGUUCUGCGCUCGCUCGACAACAGGCUGUCGCAGUUCCUCGUGGAGCUGAAGGAGAGCGGGGAGCUGGAGGACACGGUGCUGUUCUUGCUGUCUGACCACGGUCUGCACAUGGGUUUGAAUUUUGCAUUCCUAAACAGUGGGCAGAUUGAGCACAAAAACCCGUUCUUCUCGAUGGUCAUGCCAAGCUAUUUGCGCUCAUACGUGGACCAGCACACUAGGCACGGGCUGUAUACGAACGAGCAGCGCCUGACGACGCCGUUUGAGACGCAUUAUACGCUCAAGACACUGGCCAACUGGCCAAGGUACGACCAGCAGGAUUUCGACCGCUCUCUGUUCACACCGGUGAAGGCGGCACGGACGUGUGCCGAGGCAGGCGUGGGAGCAAACUUUUGCAUGUGCAAGUAA